GGCCCCUCCCCGGCCGGCUGCGGGCGGGCGCCGGGAGCCGCCGGAGUUUCCGUGCCCGGGAGGGAGAUGCGGCCGCGGCUCGGGCUCCUUGCAGGUCUCUAACCAGCAUGAUGCCAGAGCAGGAGGCUGCCCGCCUGCAGUUCUCAGAAUGGCCGAGCUGGACGCCGAUUUGGUUCACAUCCUUCCAUCUUCUGUUCUUCCUCCUUUCUGGGCUAAGUUAGUCGUGGGAUUUGUUUCCCUCGUGUGUUUUGCACGGAGCUACGAUGGAGAUUUUGUCUUUGACGACUCUGAAGCUAUUGUUAACAAUAAGGACCUUCAAGCAGAAACGCCCCUUGGGGACCUGUGGCGCCACGACUUCUGGGGCAGCCGACUAAGCAGCAACACCAGCCACAAGUCCUACCGGCCUCUCACGGUCCUGACUUUCAGGAUUAACUACUACCUGUCGGGAGGCUUCCACCCCGUGGGUUUUCAUGUGGUCAACAUCUUUCUGCACGGCGGCAUCUCUGUCCUCAUGGUGGAUGUGUUCUCGGUGCUGUUCGGCGGCCUGCAGUACACCAGCAGAGGCCGGAGGGUGCACCUGGCCCCCAGGGCGUCCCUGCUGGCCGCACUGCUCUUUGCUGUCCAUCCCGUGCACACCGAGUGCGUUGCUGGUGUUGUUGGCCGUGCAGACCUCCUGUGUGCUCUGUUCUUCUUGCUGUCUUUCCUUGGCUACUGUAAAGCAUUCAGAGAAAGUAACAAGGAGGGAGCGCAUUCUUCCACCUUCUGGGUGCUGCUGAGUAUCCUCCUGGGAGCGGUGGCCAUGCUGUGCAAAGAGCAAGGGAUCACCGUGCUGGGUUUGAAUGCGGUAUUUGACAUCUUGGUGAUAGGCAAAUUCAAUGUUCUGGAAAUUGUCCAGAAGGUAUUACAUAAGGACAAGUCAUUAGAGAAUGUUGGCCUGCUCAGGAAUGGGGGCCUCCUCCUCCGAAUGACCCUCCUCACCACUGGAGGGGCUGGGAUGCUCUACGUGCGCUGGAAAAUCAUGGGCACGGGCCCGCCAGCCUUCACCGAGGUGGACAACCCGGCCUCCUUUGCCGACAGCAUGUGGGUCAGGGCCAUAAACUAUAAUUACUACUAUUCAUUGAAUGCCUGGCUGCUGCUGUGUCCCUGGUGGCUGUGCUUUGAUUGGUCAAUGGGCUGUAUCCCCCUCAUUAAGUCCGUCAGCGACUGCAGGGUAAUUGCACUCGCGGCUCUCUGGCUCUGCCUAAUUGGCCUAAUCUGCCAGGCCCUGUGCUCUGAGGACGGCCACAAGAGAAGGAUCCUUACACUGGGCCUGGGAUUUCUCAUCAUCCCGUUUCUUCCUGCAAGUAACCUGUUCUUCCGAGUGGGCUUUGUGGUUGCAGAGCGAGUUCUCUACCUCCCCAGCGUAGGAUACUGCGUGCUGCUGACGUUUGGAUUCGGAGCCCUAAGCAAACAUACCAGGAAAAAGAAACUGAUUGCUGCUGUCGUGCUGGGGAUUUUAUUCGUAAACAUGCUGAGAUGCGUGAUUCGCAGCGGCGAGUGGCGGAGCGAGGACCAGCUUUUUAGAAGUGCCCUGUCUGUGUGUCCCCUCAAUGCUAAGGUUCACUACAACAUUGGCAAAAACCUGGCUGAUAAAGGCAACCAAACAGCAGCCAUCAGAUAUUACCGAGAAGCCGUAAGAUUAAAUCCCAAGUAUGUUCAUGCCAUGAAUAAUCUUGGAAAUAUCUUAAAAGAAAGGAAUGAGUUACAGGAAGCUGAGGAGCUGCUGUCUUUGGCUGUACAAAUACAGCCAGACUUCGCUGCUGCGUGGAUGAAUUUAGGCAUAGUGCAGAACAGCCUGAAACGGUUCGAAGCAGCAGAGCAAAGUUACCGGACAGCAAUUAAACACAGAAGGAAAUACCCAGAUUGUUACUACAACCUCGGGCGUCUGUAUGCAGAUCUAAAUCGCCAUGUAGAUGCGUUGAAUGCGUGGAGAAAUGCUACUGUGCUGAAACCAGAACACAGUCUGGCUUGGAACAACAUGAUUAUACUCCUUGAUAAUACAGGUAAUUUAGCCCAAGCGGAAGCAGUUGGAAGAGAGGCACUGGAAUUAAUACCUAAUGAUCACUCUCUUAUGUUCUCCUUGGCAAAUGUGCUGGGGAAAUCCCAGAAAUACAAGGAAUCUGAAGCUUUAUUCCUGAAGGCAAUUAAAGCAAAUCCAAAUGCUGCAAGUUACCAUGGUAAUUUGGCUGUGCUCUAUCAUCGCUGGGGACAUCUGGACUUGGCCAAGAAACACUAUGAAAUCUCCUUACAGCUUGACCCCACGGCAUCAGGAACGAAGGAGAAUUAUGGUCUUCUGAGAAGAAAGCUAGAGCAAAUGCAAAAGAGAGACGUUUGAUCCUUUUUCCUUCAUUUUUUGAGUUCGAGUGUGUGUGCAUGAGGCAUAUCAUUGAUACUGCGCGGUUAAGUUUAACCACUUAAGUCUUAAACAUGUCGUUUAUUUUUAUUGUUUUUUUCUAUGAAAACAAAGACAUGCAAAAAGAUUACAGCACCAGCAAUAUACUCUUGAAUGCUUGAUAUGAUUUUUGCAUUGAAAUUGUAUUUUUUCAGACAACUCAAAUGUAAUUCUAAAAUUCCAAAAAUAAUCUUUUUUAAUUAAACAGAAAAAGAGAAAAAAUUAUCUUGAACAACUUUUAGUAGCGUUAAACCUGCAUUUGGAAUAUGAGCCUCACUGUGUAUGAACUAGCACUAUUGAACUUCAAUUAUGGCCAAGAAAGGACAGAUUGACUCCUACAAUUUAUAUAAAUAUCAAAUGUGUCUGUAUAUUAGCAUUUUUAUUUAAUGACAAGAAAGCAAAUUAAGAUUCUUGGUUUUUUAAUAUCUUUUUUUAAAACAAUAUGCUGUGAACUUCAUUUGUAAGGAAAUAUUUAUUUGUAUUUUUAUGUUUUGAAAGGGGCAAAUAAUUGAAUGAGGACUGGAAAUGUUAGUAUCUAGUAUAGGUAUAUGCUUUUCUUCCAUAGGAAGAAACUGACUCCUGCAGUAUUUUUCUGGAUUCUCCAACUUGUGCAGUUUUGAUACAUAGAUUAUGUAAUAAUCUACAUAAACUGCCAUUAUCAGUAGAAAAUUCAAGCCAAGUUUUGGCAAGAGCAGGCAGCCUGACACCUUUAUUUUUGUUGUAUACAUGGUUCAGAGGCAACACAUCUAUGUAAGUUGCUUUUUUAUGUUUUUAAUUGUAAAACAACCUUCCAUUUUGCUUAAUGGAACUACAGACAUUAUCCAGAAAAAUGCAAAAUUUUCUCACGAAAGGAGCCACAUUUGGGGAGUUUGUGGCAUUUUUAAGAAUUAUUUUUCCUGUGUUAUUUGGUCUGAUUGUCAUGCUUAUUUGUUUUGCUUUGUUCUUCUCUAUAUGCUAUUGGCUUAAUGAUUUAUGCAAUCUCUGUAAUUUCUUAUGCAGUAAAAUUAUUAUACAAACUAGUAUGAAAAUGUUGUAUUGCCUUCUUAAUAGAUGAUUUUCAAGUUA